AUGGUAACCCCCAACUUCCAGCUGUUCAAGAAUGGAGUGUCCCUGAAGCGCAUGCAUCUCGACUCACCUGCCAUCAAACACCAGUUUCUACUGACAGGUGACACUAAGGGGCUCUACCGCUGUCGCUCAGGCUUGUCUAGAGGAUGGACCAAGCUGAGCAACCUCCUGGAGCUGACAUGGCCAAAGUCCUUUCCCCCACCCUUGCUGUCAGCGGAGCCAGUGUCCUGGAUCACACCUGGCUUGGACACGAACCUGGUGUGCCUCGGGGGACUACCCGGUAUGACCUUUAUUCUGAGGAGGGAAGGUGAUGGCAAAUUUCUACAAGUAGCUGAGGCCAGGGAGGACGUGAAGGCCACCUUCCCUGUCCAACAGGCUGGCAACUACAGCUGCAGCUAUCGGAUCCAUACAGCAGGUGCCCCCUCCGGGCCCAGUGCCACCGUGAUCAUCAAGGAGCUGGCUGUGCCGCCCCCGCCCAAGCUGAAUGUCCCGAGCGAGGCCGCCGGGGUCCUGCACCCAGGCCAGCCCGCCAGCCUCCUCUGCGUGGCACCCCGAAGCGGCGUGACCUUCCAGCUGCGGCAAGGGGACAGGGUGCGGUGGGUGCCCAUGAGCAGCACCACCCCGGGCCGCGCCUUCAUCCACCUGGGCGCGCUGGCCCCAGGGGACAGCGGCGAAUAUACCUGUCGAUACCGGCCGGGAGGCGAGCCUGAUGUCUGGUCCGAGGACAGCGUGCCAGCCGAACUGACGCUGAGCGAUGGUCCGACCUGGGCCACGUCGUCGCCGCCUGCCAGGUCACCUCUAGCUGCCCAGGUCUGCGUGGGUGCCGUGACUCGCCUGCUGAGGGCGACUGGGCUGCGGCCGCUACUCCGCCUACGUGCCCAGAGCUCGGACGCGGGCGGGCGCCGGGUGCACCGUCUGCAGAGCCCCGCGGGGACCGAGGCCGACUUCGAGCUGCGCGACGUCUCGGUGGCCGACUCGGCCAACUACAGCUGCGUCUACGUGGACCUGCUGCCGCCGUUCGCGGGGUCGGCGCCCAGCGCGCCUUGGGAGCUGCGCGUGGACGGACCCCCUCCCAGGCCGCAGCUCCGGCCCCUGUGGAGCGGGGCGGUGACCCCGGGCAGAGACGCUGUUCUGCGCUGCGAGGGCCCCAUCGCCGACGUCAACUUCGAGCUGCUGCGGGCAGGGGACACGGAACCCUUGGCCGAGCUCAUGUCCCUCGGGUCCUCGGCGGAGCUGGUGCUGGUCUACGUGGGGCCCCAGCACGCCGGCAACUACAGCUGCCGAUACCGCUCCUCGUGGCCCAUCCCUUUGGAGUCGGAGCUCAGCGCCCCCGUGGAGCUGCGAGUGGCAGGUGACACUUUCUGGGCCGUCGGCUGCUCGGCCUCCUGGCCUCCUGGCCUCCCCAGCACUGCGCCCUCCUCCAGGCCGACCUCGCCUGCUCUCCACCUGGGCAGUGUCGGUGGCCUGGUGUCCCGGAAAGCUGAUCCAGCUGCAGAGAAGGUGCUGAUGGCGUCCUCAGGAAGGCCUGGGACUCUGAAGUUCCCGCCUCCACCCCCCACCCCACCCCCCGUGGAGCUGGAGGCACCCUCCCUGGGUCGAGGGCUUCCCCCUUUCUUCCAGAAACUGAUAAACCGGAAGAGAGACUUCUUUAAAAAUGUGUGUUUGACCAGUGUGUCGGAAGCACCCCGGGUGCAGGGCUGGACUCCCAGGGCUGGGUGGGCUCGGAUCUUGGGUCCUGAAAGCCAUGGGCACUGGGUGGAUGCUGAGGGUGGAGGGAUCCAGAACAGGCUCUGA